AUGUUUAGCUUCUUGAAACGUUCGUAUCCUGUGGAACGGCAUUAUUUUCUGAUUCCGCAAAUGGCAAUGAGCGCAAUUGGCUUCAAUCCGGAGCAGGAGAGAACCUGGCCGGUGCGGGCUUGGAGUUUCUUCAAUUUCUUCGUACUCACCUAUGGCUGCUAUGCGGAGGCGGCAUAUGGCAUAAAACAGAUACCAAUUAAUAUUGCUCUAGCCUUGGACGCUCUCUGUCCGGUUGCAUCGAGCAUUUUAUCGUGGCUCAAAAUGAUGGCCAUUUGGUAUUAUCGCGACGAGCUCAAGUGGCUAAUACAGCGGAUACGAAAGCUAACGGAGCAGCAGCAAUCGGAGCGAAAGCUGGAGUACAAGCGAAACUUAUAUACACUGGCAACGCAGCUGUCGUUUUUACUCUUUGUCUUUGGCAUCGGCACCAGCACCUCGUACUCGAUUCGCCACCUGCUGGAUAAUAUGCUGAGGCUAUCACAUGGCAAGGACUGGACCUAUGAGACGCCGUUCAAAAUGAUCUUUCCUGACCCGCUGCUGAGUCUGCCGCUCUACCCGUUCAUCUACGCGCUAGUCCAUUGGCACGGCUACAUUACUGUUGCUUGUUUCGUGGCCGCCGAUGGUUUAUUUGUGAGCUUCUGUCUAUAUCUAACUGUGCUGCUCUAUUCGCUGCGUGACGAUGUUUUCUAUUUACUGGAAGUGAAGGACAACAAACAGGAAGCGACGGCGGGGGAGGAUGAGCGCAUUGUGCGUCAGCUGGAACGCCUGAUAGAUCGUCAUAAUGAGAUUGCCGCACUGACAGAUCGGUUGUCUGGUGUCCUGGUUGAGAUAACGCUGGGUCACUUUGUCACCUCCAGCUUGAUUAUAGGUAGCAGCAUGAUUGACAUGUUGCUGUUCUCCGGUGUUGGCGUUAUAGUCUACUUAGUCUACACCAGCGCUGUGCUAACGGAAAUUUUGUUAUACUGCCUGGGCGGCACUUACAUAACCGAGGCGUGCCUAGAUCUAUCGAAAAGUACCUUCUCCAGCCACUGGUACUGUCACAGCGUUCGUGUGCAAAAGAUGACACUGCUAAUGAUAACGAGAGCUCAACGUGUUUUGAUAAUCAAGGUGCCAUUCUUUUCGCCUUCACUACAGGCGCUCACUUCGAUUUUGCGCUUCACGGGUUCGCUUAUUGCCUUGGCAAUGUCGGUUUUAUAA